UGCUGGUGAGGCGCCCGUUGGGUUGAGCCAAACGCUCCUGCCCCCGUUCCUCUUCACCACAGUGACCCCACUGGUCUCACACAACUCCGCACCACCACCUCACCACCACCUCACCAUGGAGCCCUCCAGCAGACCCCCGCUCACGGACAGCGCCUGGGAGGACCUGCAGAGGGACUGUCACCCAUUUCCAGCGUACGUUGACUAUCUUUACGGUCGCCCUACCGGAUUCGAGGACGCGCAGCCGUGCGAGCCUCUGCCGCUCUCUGGACUGCAGCAAGCAGCGCUUGACCCGACAGCGGGUCUGCCGAGCGCUUUUCGCAGCGCUCUUUCCCAGUUUGAUGGACGCCAGAUUCCUGCUCCAUCGCAGGCUCGACAGUCUACACCGGCUUACCUAUACCAGCUCCAGACUCCUGCCCAGAACAGCUCUUCGCGCCAAUUCCUGCGAGACUUCCACUCUACAGCAGGCCUCCCAAACGGACAAAACGAUGGGUACCAGCCGCGACCGCCGACCCGCGUUAUUCCCCAGCCGGCGCCCGCAGCCAUGCCUGGAGGGAGAACGGCGUCCGAUCAGCCCCCGGCACCUAUUAUUCGACCGCACGAACUACUCCAAGAAGAAUACUCCUGGCUCUCGGACGAAUUUCGACAGAUCUGGAACGAUAAAAUCGUCAAGCUGUAUUCGAUCGUUAACAACUCGGAGCAGCCUCUGGAACAGCGGCUCAAGGCAAAGCAGGCCAUCAUUGACGAGUCCGCACGCGCCCACUUGGCAAAGGCCAAGCACAUCAUCCAUGCAAAGAUGCCGAACGUCUGGAGAGCUCUCAAAGUGCGCCAGGCAUUUUCCCCGGGCGACCCAAUGCAUCUUCGAGCAGAGCAAAACCUGCGCAACUUUACGAGCAACCUGGAGCUUAACGCGAACUUGUAUGUGCAGCAUCUUAUAGAUGAGAUGGGCAAGGCCGAGGCCGAGGGCAGAAAUCCGCUCGAAGUUAUACCAGGAUACCAGGCGCUGCCCGUGCAGCAACACGGCCCAGCACAGCAGGCGCUGAUGCAGAGACCUCAAUAUCAACAGCAGAACCCGCCCUUACAAUCCACUACUCUUUUUUUCCACACUCCGCAUCAGGGUGCUGCGCCGCAGGCUGUGAUGCAGAGACUGCAACCCCAGCAGGCCCCGUCACCCCAGUCAGCGAUGCAAGCAUUCCCAUCCCCACAGCAGAGUCCGGUACCUCAGGCCGUGAUGCAGGGGUUCCCGUCUCAGCAAGGAAGUCUAGCACCGCCUGCGCCGAUGCAGAGCUCCCCGCCUCAGCACGGGAGUCCUUCGGCGCCCCAAGCCACGACGCCUGCGUUCCUGUCCCAGCAGCAAUAUCCAGCACCACCUGCGCUGAUGAAGAGGCUCCCGUCCCUGAUGGAUGCUCCGCAAGGAAGUCCACGACUUAGCCCACACACACCCGCCUCUACCUUCCAGUCUCCACACCCGGGCACGCCACCGCAAACGAUUCCUCAUACGUACCAGACUGGAGUUACAAACGCGGUGUUGCAGAAACGUCCCGAUUCGGCGAUGGCAUGCCAAGGACAAACUCCUGACGCUGGGAGCUCGCUUAUGCUGGAUUGGAAGGGGUUCUAGAUUGGUAACGCUGUGGAUACGUGUGUGAGAAUGGCAGAGGGUGAAGUAAAAUGGUAUAUGACUGCGAAACGCUGACCUGGGAAAUCGGAUGCGGCCGGAAUGGUUGGUCAUGGCGAGCGAGGGAGCAGAUACCCUUCUUCUUAUGCGUGUGUUUACCUCCAUCUUCAGGACGAAUGUGAUCGUCCCUAGUGUAAUACGCCGCUUCUUAGAGUGCUGUAAUUCUAGCUCACUGCUGAAAAUAAUGAGAAGCCUUCUGAGGUCUAUGAA